AUGGUCGUGAACGAUGAGGACAUCCUGCGGCUAGCGAAGCCCCCGAGCGUCUCAGGCAGGGGGCACUGGGCGGAAUGGUCGUUCGUGCUGCGCUCGUGCAUGAUGGUCCAGGCAGAUGACGUGGCGACCUUGAUAGAGGCGGCGGAGGCAACGGCGGAGCCCGACCUAUCGAUGACGACGAUCGAACGCGCCCUCGGAGCACGAGGGAACCUGACGGCCAAGAAGAUAUUCCACAUGCUGGUCAUGACGGUGAAGGGACCAGGGCUGGGAAUACUGAGGGGGAACUCGCAGCAGGACGGUCAUCUCAGGGGAAACACCUUCAACGAAUACAUGAAGAAAGCACUGCACGUGGACAAGGCACCAGCGACGGUGAAGAUGUCCUUGCUGGUCCAGAACCUCGAUGACUUUGCCACGGUGAAGAGCGCCACGCUACAAUUCCUUCAGAGCACUCAUAACGCGGCUGGAGCACCGAUCCCACAGAAUCGGAGACGGACAAGCGGAGGCCAGCAGCGAGACCCGAGCGCGAUGGAGGUGGACGCCGUGACCCGCAAAGGCAAGGACAGGAAGGGCAAGGACACGGGUCUCAAGGGCGGCCAAGGCAAGGCCAAGGGCAAGGCAGACGACACCAUCAACUUGCGCGCGGCCUGGAUUCGGGACGCGGAGUGCUGGAUAUGCAGUAAGAAGGGCAACCUGCAGGAGCUCACCUACGCGAUUUACGAGGAGUACGAGGCCAGCUACAUCUUCGCGGUGACGGAGUGGGCUGGCACGACCAACUACGUGGCGAAGAUCACGGAGCAGGACCCCAACCUCGAGGCGGCGAAUGGACAUCACAUCAAGCACUACGGUGACAGAACGGUCAAGAUGAAGCUGAAGGACGGCCGCAGCGUCGUGAUAACAGUCCAGGUGUGCGAUGUGAAGGGCCCGAUCCUCUCCGCUGGCAAGUUCUGCGCGACGAACGUAGCCAGAGGAGCCCACUUCGACCUGUACGGCGGGGUGCUAACGCACGAGCUGGCGGGCGAGGUGAAGGUGGACCGCGUCAAGAACCACUACUCGCUGAAGUGCUGGGUGGAGGCACCAGAGGCCGGGGUGCAGCGCGUCGAGGCGGAGGUCGUACCAGUUAGGACCCUGGCUGGCCCCAAGCUGCCGAGUAAGGAGGAGAUCGAGAUGCACAACUUGCUGCACGACCCCCCGAUGCCGUGGUGUGACAUCUGCGUGCAGGCCAAGGGUAUCGACGCCUGCCACCCAGAGCGGCACCAAGCAGCCAAUGCUAGUCAUCCAGUUCGACUACGCGUAGCGGCGACAGCCUUCAUCAACCAGGUGAAGACCAGGAUCGCUGGGAUGGAGACGCCGCCAUGCGAGGUCAUCGUGCAGACCUCGAAGCGCAACAGCCACCACAGCAACGGAGGUGCUGAGAGCAUGGUGGCCACGAUCCGCAACCAGGUGAAGGCCUACAAGAUUCAGAUCGAGAAGCUCUCAAGCCUCAGGAUCAGACCAAAUUCGAAGCUGCUUGCGUGGUUGCCGGCUCGGCAGUACGCGCGCUUCCACAAGAGUGCGAACUCGGGCAUGGCGCCCUGCGAGGAAAUCAGGAUGGUGCCCUAUAUCAACACGGUCCUGAUGCCAGACGAGCACCUGAUCGGCACGCCGAACGGUUUGGUGCGCAGCCGAGCGCUGAAGCGCCGAGUGGAGGACAAGCGCUGGGAUACUGCGCUGCUGGAGCCCAUGAAGUGGGAUCCCUGGUUCGCGACAUCGACGAUAAGGGGCAGGGGGUGGCGGCGGCAGAGCCUGCACCAGGGGCUGCAGCAGGCGCAGCGGCCCCGCGACACCCGCAGCAGGCACGCGACCACGAGGGGUUUCGAUCAGACCCUGCAGGGCAACGAGGUCUCUUACUCGGCGACGACCGCCAAUUCGCACUUAAAGAUGAUGUUUGUGGACGCGGCGAGGAAGGGGCACGUGGCCGCGAUCGGUGAGUGCAGCGGGGCCUUCUACCAAGCGCCUUUGGACGCCGAGGGCACAGGCGAGAAGGUCUACAUCGAGCCUCCGCCGGAGGCGGGGCUACCACCUGAUAUGGUGUGGGAGGCGGUCUCGGUCUUCCCAGGGCUGAAAGGCAGUCCCAAGGCGUGGGACGCCCACUCCAGCAAGUUGCGGACCGAGGACAUGCAGAUGAAGCAGUCUCACUACGACGGCUGCAUCUUCUUCAAGAUCGAGGGCGACUUCGACCAGAAGGCGGGGAGGCACAUCGACGACUUCCUCAUCACGGGGCCCAUGGAGCAGGUGAAUUCGUUCCUCGAGGAGGCGAAGGCGAAGCUGAACAUGCAGGACGCGGUGGAGCUCGUGGAGGAUGGCGACGAAGGCCGCCUGUUGGCUCUCAACAUCAGGAAGGUGACCGACGGGUUCACGCUGCAAGGCAACCCGCUCCUGAUCACCGACAUGGCCAAGCUGUCGGGCAUGGAGAACGAAAAGACCUCGGAGGUGCCAGAGACCAGCAACGCCAAGAAGCAGCAAGACGACGAGGAGGAGCUCAGCGCCCACGACGCCGUGCUCUACAGGUCGUGCGUGGGCAAGGCGAUGUACCCCAGCCACCAGAGGCCUGACAUCCAGCACGUGGUCAACAAGCUGAGCACGCAGAUGAAGACGCCCCCGAUGAAGGGCUGGCGGAUGCUCAAGAAGCUGGUCCGCUACCUCCUGGGCAUACGCGAGGUCCACCAGCUACUGGUGCCACGCGGUGGUGCUGACUCCCUGAAGGCGUACACGGACAGCGACUGGGCUGACGACCCGUACACGAGGGCCCAGAAGACACCCGCGUUGUCGAGCGCGGAGGCCGAGCUCUACGCCAUCGGCUCGGGUGCGAUCGAGACGCUGGGCGCCGAGACCCUGAUGAGGGAGUGGGGCUACGGAGACGGAGUGCUCGCGCUCAUGACGGAUUCGUCCUUUGCGCUGGCGGUGGCCAAGAAGCGCGGGCCAGGGAGGAUGAAGCACGUGGAACUGAAGAUGCUGGCGGUCCAGGACUGGAUCAAGCAAAAGAGGCUUCGCAUCGCCAAUGUGGCGAUCGAUGCCACUCCGGCCGAUCUCCUCACCGAGGCACUGGCGAAGCAGAACCUGCUGAAGCACGGCUGGGAGCUGGGCCUGCGAGGUGGACCGUUCGGCACGCUCUCCUGGAGGGAGGCAGCGACGGGCAGGCCGUGA